GAACGUGAUGCCCAAGACCCUGGAUGGCCAGAUCACCAUGGAGAAGACCCCCAGCUACUUCGUGACCAAUGAGGCCCCCAGGCGCAUCCACUCCAUGGCCAAGGACACGAAGCUGAUAGUGGUGGUGCGGAACCCGGUGACCCGUGCCAUCUCGGACUACACACAGACGCUCUCCAAGAAGCCGGAGAUCCCCACCUUCGAGGUGCUGGCCUUCAAGAACCGGACUCUGGGGCUGAUUGAUGCUUCCUGGAGCGCGAUCCGCAUUGGGAUUUAUGCCCUGCACUUGGAGAACUGGCUCCAGUACUUUCCCCUCUCCCAGAUCCUGUUUGUCAGUGGUGAAAGGCUCAUCACUGACCCAGCUGGGGAAAUGGCCAAGGUCCAGGACUUCUUAGGCCUCAAGAGGAUUGUGACAGAGAAGCAUUUUUAUUUUAAUAAAACCAAGGGGUUUCCCUGUCUAAAGAAGCCAGAGGACAGCAGUGCUCCCCGGUGCUUGGGCAAGUCCAAGGGUCGAACUCACCCCAGAAUAGACCCAGAUGUCAUCCACAGACUGCGAAAAUUUUACAAACCCUUCAAUGUCAUGUUUUACCAAAUGACAGGCCAAGAUUUCCAGUGGGAGCAGGAAGAAAGUGAUAAGUAG